UUCUUAUCUCUAUCUGUUUCCAUUCUCAUACCUACCAUAGAUAAUUCUUCAUAGACCUUCGAAAAUCUUCCGUCCAGUUGCAUAUCUUUUUUGUUCCAAUUAAAAUUUUGGACCAAUUUAACAUCCGUACACACGCAUAUACCCAUCCACAUUAGACCCGGUGGGCCGGUGGCACAAACAGCACUCAGAAUGGCCGUGAUUGCAAAAGUUUCGAAUUUCGAAUAAUCCAGUGAUUUUCGUUGAAGGUUAUGUCAGUUAUGUGGGUUUAUGAUUGUUGACCUGACACAAAUAACGACUUUAUAGUUAUGGCAUUGCAAUCAUCGAGAGGACCAGUUCCGAAAGGUGCUAUUCAACUUUCCAGUGCGGAUGCUCUAAAUUAUCAAUGGGAACAAAUCCGCAACUGGCCUGAUAAAACAGACGUGUGGCCGUAUCGAUAUGGGUUUUCUGCUCAAGCAUUUCUGUCUGUAGCGAGUGCUACUUUUAUACAUAAUAGAUUUAGAAAAGCUUGGAAACUCCGUCAUUAUGGUUUUGCCGCCUCGUUAUUACCAAUGGUAAUAGUCCCACCUAUCCUCAGUGUAAUUUUUCAUUGUCAACUCGUGUCAGCAGACAUAAUUCUGUUCCGAAGACAGUGUCCUUUGUGUUUGCAAUACAGAGCAUCUGCAAUACAAGUCGCGUGUGGAAUGGUUUAUCCUUUGAUAAUGUCACCGAUAGCAAAUUCCAUGUUCGUCCUUCACUAUGGAACAACCAGGAUUCCAUAUUGGAAAGAUUUUCGAGGUCAUUGGGAAAUGUGGAAAAAAGUUACUAUGCCCAUGAGCAAACACUUAGUGUUUUUCACAUUGGCUCAUGUCCUGUUGGCAGGUUUUGUAACUUACGGAGAGUUUGAAAGUCUGUACACCAUUAGAUCGAAAUUGUCUAAAAACCAAAAUACUGACAAAGAAAUUACUCAAUAAAAUACCUGAAAUAGUAAUCUUUUGAAUAAUAUUUUGCAACCUUGCAGUUGAAAUCUGUGUUGUCAUUUGCAAAUCUGAAAUAAACGAACAAGCUGGUAUUUUCCAUUGGCAUGAA